CAAGAGCUCUUAAGCUUUAAUUAUCUUGAUCUCGCUAAGAGCUCCCUCUUUUGCAUCCUUAUCCAUUCGUCUGCUUACCUCUUCGGCAUUACUGAGUGUGUUUGUGUGAGAGAGCAAGACCUUGGGUUUUCUCAAACCCCUCUCCCUCAGAGGGACAUCUCUUUUUCCUUAUCUACUGCACUAAAUUCCCAAAAUGGAAACUCUUCUUCAGCUUAAAAACAAUCAGUUUUUAAUGGGUCUGUUUCGCAAUGGGCCUCCACCUGAACUGCAAUAUGAUAACUCCUCAGAGCUCUUCCGCAUCUCAACCUUUGCUCGAUUCCCAACAUCUGCGGUCACCGAACGAAGUCUGGCGAGAGCAGGUUGGUUCUACACCGGCGUGGGUGACCGCGUGCAGUGUUUCAGAUGUAACGUGACAGCUGAGGGCUGGCAGCCCGGCGACUGUCCAACAGAGAAACACAGACAGCUCUCUCCUUCCUGCUCCUUCAUCCAGAGCCUCCCAUCUACAGCCAACCUCCUCUCCUCUUCUCAUUCCGCCUUCUCGCCUCUCCGCAUUGUCCCAGCGAUACCACUUUCUGGUCCCGGCCCAGCUGCUGCUAACACAGCAGUAAGCCAAGGUGAAGAGCCUGUUGGCUACCUGAAUAUGGCCUUCUCUGCUCCUCCGCCCUCCAGCCCACUGAGCUCGCGGGGUGUUGAGGACAUGUCCCACCAGAGACCAACAUGCCACAACCCAACCAUGCGCAGAGAGCAAGACCGCCUGGACACCUUCCAUUCCUGGACGCUCUCAAUCAUCAUGCCUGCUGAACUCGCCAAAGCUGGCUUCUAUUACCUAGGGCAGGGCGAUCGAGUGGCCUGCUUCAGUUGUGGAGGACAGCUAAGUAACUGGGAGCCAGGGGACAGAGCAUUAUCUGAACACCAAAGGCAUUAUCCAAACUGUCGCUUUGUCCGAGGUGACAGGGCUGACAACGUGUCGCUAGCUGGUGCAGCAGCAACUGCAUCCUUAGCUGCGAAUUCCCAGAUGUCUUCAGGAGCCACAGUCCUCACCAAUGUGUCCAACCCUGCCAUGCAGCAGAGUGAGGAGAGGCUGCUCACUUUUGUUAACUGGCCAUCACGUAUCCCCGUCCGCCCAGAGCAGCUGGCUAAAGCUGGCUUCUACUACGUAGGUCGUAAUGAUGACGUCAAGUGUUUCUGUUGCGAUGGAGGCCUGCGAUGCUGGGAGUCUGGAGAUGAUCCAUGGGUGGAACAUGCUAAGUGGUUUCCUCGGUGUGAAUAUUUGCUCCAGGAGAAAGGACAAGACUUUGUUCACCAGAUCCAAGCUCGAUUUCCUCGGCUUUUUGAGCAACUUUUAACAAAUGGAGACAAUAACUCCAGAGAGUUUGUGGAUCCACCAGUGGUUCACCUCGGUCCUGGAGAGGAGCGGUCUGAGGAUGCCGUCAUGAUGAACACCCCCGUGAUAAAGUCUGCUUUAGAGAUGGGCUUUGAGCGAAGUCUAGUCAAGCAAACGGUCCAGAGCAAAAUCCUGACCAGUGGAGAGAACUACAGGACAGUCCAGGAGCUGGUCUCAGACCUGCUGAGUGCAGAAGAUCAGAAAAGAGAAGAGGAGCGAGAGAUGCUGGCAGAGGCGAUGGCAUCAGAUGGCUUCACCUUUGUGAAGAGACACCAGGCAGCUUUGAUCCAACGACUAAAGAGUGUAGAGCCACUGUUUGAGCAUUUAAGAGAUCAGAAUGUGUUGAGUGCUGAGGAGUAUAGCGGUCUUCUGGCUCAGACAUCUGCUCAGCAGCAGACUGCCAGGUUGAUAGAGCUCAUCCUCACAAAGGGAAAUGCGGCAGCUGAGGUCUUCCGCAACUGGAUUCAGAAAAAUGACGUCCACCUGCUCAGAGAUCUCAUGGCUCAGUCGAACGAAGCUGCAUCGCCAAGCCAGGAUCUUUCAGACCUCCCAAUGGAGGAGCAGCUGCGGCGCCUACAGGAGGAGCGUACAUGCAAGGUGUGUAUGGAUAAAGAGGUCAACAUCGUCUUCAUCCCCUGUGGACACCUGGUGGUGUGUAAAGAGUGUGCGCCAUCACUGCGAAAGUGCCCGAUCUGCAGAGGCCUUGUUAAAGGCACAGUUCGAACCUUUCUCUCAUAAGCAGGAGAUCUGCUGUCACAGUUUUAUCAUGUAAAUCUAAUUAAUAGGCUACAGUUUAUAUUUAUUGGAAAGGGUGGCAGGGUAAUUGCACACCUUUUCUUUUUCCAACUUGUAUGACUCACAAGUUUGUAGAUUUAUCUACAUAACGAGAUGAAGCUCGCAGACUAACCGUAUCUGAAAGUGAUGUAGAGUUGUAAUGCUCAUGCUUUUACUUAUACUUUACCCUAAACUUAACAAGUCAGAAAAUAGAUGAAAACACAAUGUUCAGUGCAAUCUGUCUACAAAUGACAUGCUUGAAUUUUAAUAAAACAAUCACUUUCAGAGUUGCA